CGGCCGAUAUUUUCGGCUGCCGGAAUUUAGGUGCACCCCUAAUUACAUCCCAUGCUCGCGCAUUGCUGCGGAUUUUCCGUGCAGCAUCCAGACAGAAGACCUCCAGCAUACCAGGCCUGUGUGAACAGAAGUGUUCUGCUGUUAGUCGCUUCAGCCAGUUCUCUGAGGGCUCCGUGUUUUAUAGGUGCGGUAUGUGGAUCUGCCUUUCAGGCUAGCUGUUCAGGUAUGGAAGCUGAGGAGACGAUGGGCUGCAUUCAGGAAUUUCCGGACCACUAUAAAGUGAUGAUGGACCGGUUAAACGAGCAGCGGGAACUGGACCAGUUUACUGACAUCACGCUGAUUGUGGAUGGACACCAAUUCAAAGCCCACAAAGCCGUCCUUGCCGCCUGCAGCCAUUUUUUCUACCAAUUCUUUAAGGAUUUUACAGAAGAGCCAUUAGUGGAAAUAGAAGGUGUGAGUAAUGUUGCCUUCCGACAUCUAAUAGAAUUCACGUAUACUGCAAAACUAAUGCUACAAGGGGAAGAGGAGGCCAGCGAUAUAUACAAGGCAGCCGAGUACCUCCAGAUGCACGAGGCCAUCAAAGCACUUGAGUUCAGGAACAAAGAGACCAUUGUGAUCGAAGAAAAGCCACAAGAUGAAGGAGAUUUAAAAAAAUGGAAGAUUUCUGACACCAACAGUGUCAUCACAGAGUCUAUGACGAAUUCCGAUGACGAAGGUGAACCAGUGGAGAUUGAAGUUGAAAUAACCGAAGGAACAAUUGAACUGGAGGAAAACCUGGAGACCCUGGAAGCAGUGACGUCACCCGAACAGUCAGUGAAAUACAUUCAGAGUACAGGCACGUCAGAUGACUCGGCCCUAGCACUUCUAGCGGACAUUACCAGCAAAUACCGCCAAGGAGAAAGAAAAAGGCAGCUGCAGGAAGACAGCGCCAAUGAAAGCGAUGCUGCAGGCAAUCAGGUAGAAGGCAUUGAAAUUAUGGAGGUUCAUCUGUCACAUGUCAACAGCAUGUUCCCUUGUCAGAAAUGUAACCGUUCAUUUAAAUUGUUUUACCAUUUAAAGGAACACAUGAAAUCACACUCCGCCGACAAUUAUAAGUGUGAAAUAUGCAAUAAAAGCUACGUACGCGAGAUUGCGUGGAAGCAACACCUCACCUGCUAUCACCUAGAAGAAAGCGGCGCCUGCAGGAGGCCGAGGCCGGGCAAAAAAAUCCACGUUUGUCAGUACUGCGAUAAACAGUUUGAUCACUUUGGACAUUUUAAAGAACACCUAAGAAAGCAUACAGGUGAAAAACCCUUUCAAUGUCCUAACUGUCAUGAACAUUUUGCUAGGAACAGCACACUCAAAUGUCACUUAACAGCCUGUCAGCAUGGUGUUGGUGCGAAGAAGGGGAGGAAGAAACUAUAUGAAUGUCAGGUUUGCGAUAGCGUCUUUAAUUGCUGGGACCAGUUUAAAGACCACCUAGUUCUUCACACUGGCGACAAACCCAACCAUUGCACGCUGUGUGACAUGUGGUUUAUGCAAGGCAGCGAGCUACGGAGACAUCUCCGUGAUACUCACAACAUCGCUGAGAGAAUAGUGACUGAGGUCGUCCUUCCCUCCGAACAAACCGAAACAGAGGCAGGAUCCUCGAUGGCAUUUGUGGAGCAGGUGGAACAAGUCCAUGUGGUGCCGGUGGAUCAAGUCAUUCAAGUUCAAGUUGAUCCACCUCAACUAACUGUUGGUCACUUGCACCAGGAUCUUCUAGAAGUGAACCAAGUGAAAGGUGCCCACAUACUGGAUCUCCAGGCGCAGGUUCAUAUGGGUCACAUAGAGGUCGAGCAUCUUCAGAUAGACCCAGGAACUGAGGUUCACGUUGAGGAAGUGCACGUUGAACAUGUUAAUCAGAUAGACAUGGAAGAGGUGGAGGCACAACUUCUGGAUGAGUCCAGUAUUCAACAUAUUGAACAUACUAUUGAGGACCAAUCCUGCCAGGCAGAGGUUGCCGGAUAUCAUCAAAUCGUCCACACAGGGGCCGACAACAUACAGAUAAGACAGAUUGAGAUGACACAUAUAGAAGCUGCAGCUGAAUAGGAAGGACAUUACGGUAGAACUCAGAAGGCUGGUUUGUGCUUAGCAGAGGUUUCUACUGCGUUUCGAGGCGUUGUCUAGGGAUGGAAAGACAGACAUGUUUGUUUUCCUCUAGAAAUAGUACCACACCUGUUCACAGGUUGUAAGUGGUAUUACAGUGCAGCCCAGUUCACUUUGAUGCAGGCUUGGCAGUGUUUCAGGACGAAAUUGGCCAUGAUUUUCUAAACCUGGGUGACCCCCUUUAUUGGAAAAUGCCCUCCAUCGUCUGCUCCUCGAGCGCCCUGCGCUAUGUUCCUCUGUUGAAGAAGGGAAUGAUUGUGGUUGUCACACGGAUAUUACCUAACAUAUUACUUCUAAUCAUCCAAAGUAUUUAUCUUCCGCCUAAAGGACUGAUUAUGCGACAUAUGGCAGUGUGUAAGCGGCUUAAAGAAAAACUCCAGUCAGUCGUUUCCUAUAGCACUGAUGUGUUCUUUACCUGUACAUUGUGAAGGCGUUGUGCAGCAGUUACAUAUUAGUCACGCGUCAUAAAUAUCAGAUCAUCCGGGAUCCGACUCCCGACAGUCCUGCUGAUCGGCUGCUUCACAAUUACACUGUGCCGCCUCUGCGAGUGAGACGACACGCAGUGUAGUUCUGAAGCAGAAUCGGUGCUGGCACAAGCUCUGCCUCCUCUUAAAACCGCUGAUCGCCAGGAGUCGAUCCCCCGCCGAUCUGAUAUUGAGGAACCCCUUUAAUUCUCUCUGUUUGCUGCAGUCGUUUCUACAUUGAUAGAUUUAUCUCUAUGACCCGCCUUUCCACACACCAAAAGUGUCAUACGUAAGUUCCACCCAUGGUGGGAAAUACUAAUAAAGGGGGAGACUUAACGAAACUGUCUAAAAGCAAAACUGCCAGUGUUGCCCAUACCCGCCAAUCACAGCGCAGCUUUUAUUUAAUAUUCUGCUCUUGAAAAAUGAAAGCUGCGCUUUGAUUGGUUGCUAUGGACAGCAAAGCGUUUUUCUAGACCAUUUCAUAAAAACUGCCCGCUAUGUAAUAAAGCUAUGUUCUCAUUUUCUUUCAUCAUUGGUAUUCUGCGGGGGAAACCGACGUAACAUCAUGCUUUGACUGGAUUAUUUCUUUAAGCUCAUGUGAUGUGAAAAAUAUUCUCUUGAACUCCUUUGUUAAUAUACAGUGUCUAAUGUAAAGAGAUUAUUGCAAUUUUUUAGGGGGUCUUUUAUAACCAGACUACCAGCUACGCACCUGCAGCACCCACCGCCGCGAUCUUAUCUAGGUGCUCUGCCUAUUGUAUAUUUAAUACACUCUCCGGCUGCCCUGCCAAUUCUAUUCAGUCUUAGACAACCCAUUUAAGAUAGAGAAGCCUGUCAGAUCUUCUUGUCAGCCUUGUCUUCUAUUUUAAAGGGGUUGUCUGAUCGCUGACUCAAUUUAAUGGGGGCUCCCCAGGUUACAGAGCCCCUGUUCUCAUGAUCUGUGGUGGCCUCAGCGGUAGGGGUCCCACUGAUCUGAUAGUUUUCCCUAUCCUGUGGAUAGGGGAUUAUUUGUUAUAACCAGAAUACCCCUUUAAGGUUCUGCACAAUAAAGAAAAAAGACUCCCACCUCUUCUAAGCAGAUCUGUUCCAGCACAGAUGGUCCUGUCUCCGCUGCUUAUGUCCCAUUCGUUGUCACAGGUACCUCUGCAACCAUUCACUGGCCUCAGCGGUGACAUGCCACUUGGUGACGUCACCACUGAAUACAGCGAAUGGCUCCAGUAGGGCGUGUGAUGACGGACGGUACGUCACACUUCUGAGAACCGGAGGCCACAAGGAUUGGACCUUUAACACUGGAACAGAGCUGCUUGAAAGAGGUGAGUGUUUAUAUUUCUUUAAAUUGCACGGAUUCCGUCCCUUAAAGGGGUUGUCCACUUUUUACUAUUGAUGACCUAUCCUCAGGAUAGGUCAUCAGUAUCAGAUCGGUGGGGGUCCGACUCCCAGCACCCUCGCCAAUCAGCUGUUUGAAGAGAACGCA